GUAUGCUAGAUUACAUGAUGUGGCCUUGGAUGGAGAGGCUACCUUGCAUCCCCUUGAGGUACCCCAACAUGGUAUUGCCCUCUUGCAGUCUGGAUACGUGGGUGAAGGAAAUGUGGAACAUUGAACCAGUUUCUAAAUACGGACUCACUCCUGAACAGCACAUGAUGUUCUUCACAGAGUACAGAAAGGGGGAAGAAUGCAACUUUGAUUUUCUACUCAAAUAGAGAUUACAACAAUAAAGAAAAUGAAAUAAAUAGAGAUAUAAACGUCAUUUAAAUGA